AUGCCUGUUGUACAAGAGCGACAAGACGCGGAGGAAAAGACCACGUACAGCAGAGCUUCGACGUCACGCCAAGGUUGGGCUCCAGCUGGACGAAAUAUGCCAGACAACGGGGAUGAAAUCGAAAAAGAAACAAAAGACUUUCAGAAGCAAAAGAGAUUUGAGAUGUUAUUAAGCCAAUCGCAUCAAAGGAAAAAGCAGAUUUUAAAGGUCUUCAAACCAUCGCGAAAGACCGAUUCUUUCGUCUAUGUUGAGAAAAAUGGUAAAUUCCGAGCGAUGAGAAAAAAUGUGUUUGAACAGCAGCAAGAGAUGGGCAGGAAUGAAGUGCAGAGCGAGACGUUCUCGUCGUUGGUCGACUUCAUCUCGUCCAAACAUCCUGACGUCGCCGUCGCCAUCUCAUUCCAACGUAAUUUUCACAACAUCUCCAUGAUUAUUCAGGGAUUUCUGUCAGGAUUCACAGUUUCCGAAGCCGUUUUCGCAUUCAAUUUCGCCAAUGAGAACACAAAUUCGGGAGAAGAUAUUCAGGAGUCCUUGUUAUACUCUUACCGCUGGAUUAGUCUGCCGAUUCACGUCGUCUUCCUCAUAUGCUUCACCAUUGGCUGCGUAGCCGCCAUCGACAGGAAAAUGUCGCACUUACCCCAGAAUCUCUAUUAUAUUGGCGCAUCUGUAGCGCAACAAGAGCGGUCUGUGCCAGCGCGGGUUGGCUUCUGUUGGCAUUACGACCAGAUUGUAAUGUGCUCGGUGACACCAUCACGAAGUGAGUAA